AGAAAUAGCUUUGUAAAAAGCUACAGUGUGAAGUUCAGUCAUUUUUCUUCAGCCAAUUAUACUGUACCUUUUGAUUUUCUUCAUAAGCCCGCUGUGGAUAUCCAUUUGGGUGUAUAUAAGCUUUACAGACAUCGUAAUUACACUCAUUCGUUUGUUAAAAGCACGCUGGGACGGUUCUCGUGGUGAAAUAAAAGUUGAUUUUUUUCUUUCUCUAAUUCGGUUGAAGUGACAAAAGUGAGGAAAAUUUAAAGUGAAAAAAUAAAAAAAUUUAAAUAAACUUUGAACAAUUUAUGGAAUAAAAAACUUUUAUGUUAUUUGUUAAGUGCUCAUAAGGAUAUAAUCGCUAUAAAUAAGGAUUAUUUAAAAUAAGUUUGAAAAAAAAAAAUUUAAUUUGUGGAUUAAAGUUUGCAAAAACUAUAAAAAAUGGAAGCUAAAUUGAACGGUGGAAAUGAAAAUUGUGAUUUCGAUGGUGAAGACAUCGUGGUUUCUGGAAUCUCAGGACGGUUUCCAAAUGCAAACAAUGUACAAGAAUUUGAGCACAAUUUAUACAAUAAAAUUGAUAUGUCUGAUGAGGAUGAGAGUCGCUGGAAGCACUUUCAUCCCGAAGUCCCUAAGCGUACGGGAAAAAUUCGGAACAUAAAUAAAUUUGAUGCUUCAUUUUUCUCAAUUUUAAAUAAACAUGCCAACUGGAUGGAUCCUCAAUGUCGUUGCUUACUUGAGCACACAUAUGAGGCAAUUUUGGAUGCAGGAAUUUCACCUCAAUCGUUGGUUGGAAGUCGCACUGGUGUUUUUAUUGGGUGCUGCUUCUCAGACUCUCGUGAUGUGUUUUUCUAUAAUGUGCCAGCUAAAGAAGGAUAUGGUGUUUUUGGGAACGCGAAUUUUUACCUCUCAAAUCGUCUCUCAUACGCACUUGGCUUGUGCGGUCCAUCGUUUACAGUGGACACUGCAUGCUCAAGUUCAGCGUAUGCAUUAGACUGUGCAUACAAAUAUAUUAUGAGUGGUGCUUGUGACGCAGCUAUUGUUGGUGGUUCACAAUUAGUACUCAAUUUAAAGACAACAAUUGAAUACUCCAGGUUACGAAUUUUGGCACCCGAUGGUGAAUUUUGUCGACCUUUUGAUGAGAAUGCAACUGGAUUUACUCGUGCUGAUACUAUUUGUUGUGUGUUUUUACAACGUAAAAAAGAUUCAAAGAGAGUUUAUGCUAAGUUAUGCUAUACAAAUUCUAAUAAUGAUGGCUUUAAGAAGGAAGGAUCUUCAUUUCCAAGUCGUGUAAUGCAACAGAAGUUAAUGGAAGAUUUCUUCAGAGAUUCAAAGAUUGACCCAGGUCUUGUAGAUUUUGUUGAAGCUCAUUCUACCGGUACACGUCUUGGAGAUCCAGAAGAAGUAGCUUCAAUCGAUCAAGUUUUCUGUAAAACUGUGAACCGUAAGAAGCCAUUACCUAUAGGAUCUGUAAAAUCAAAUAUGGGACAUGCUGAAGCUUCCUCAGGUGUAGCAUCAAUAGCGAAAAUUUUAUUGGCUCUUGAGAAGCAUAAAGUAGCUCCAAAUAUAAACAUCACAAGUAUGAGAAACGACAUUCCCGCUUUUGCUGAAGGAAGAAUCAGAGUUGUGACUGAAGUUGAGGAUUUAACGGGUCCUUACAUUUCUAUGAACAGCUUUGGUCUUGGUGGUGCAAAUGCUCAUGCACUUUUCAAAGGAAAUUUAAAAGAAAAAGUAAAUUAUGGAAUUCCAGCUGAUAACUUGAAUCGAAUGGUAUUAUGGUCAGGCAGAACUGAAGAGGCUGUACAUUCAAUAUUUGAUGACAUCACUAAACGCCCACUUGAUGCUGAAUAUGUAGCUCUUCUUCAAAAUUCACAGAUUGUUACAAAUCCUGCUAAUAUUUAUCGUGGAUAUGCAAUGUUUCAACAUGAUCAACAAACACAAAAGGCUGCGUGUAUCUCUCGUGAUAUUCAACAUUUUAAUGGAGAAAAGAGACCAAUUGUCUUUGUGUACAGUGGAAUCGGUAGUCAGUGGGCUGAAAUGGGAACUGAUUUGUUAAAUAUUCCAAUUUUUGCUGAGACUAUCAACUAUUGCCAUGACUUACUUGCACCAAAAGGAAUUGAUUUGAAGAAUAUCAUCACAUCGCCUGAUAAGUCUUUAUUCAACAAUGUUCUCAAUUCUUAUGUUGGAAUCAUUUCAAUCGAAAUAGCCUUGACAAACAUUCUUAAUGCCUUGGGUAUCAAACCUGAUCAUAUUAUUGGACAUUCAGUUGGUGAAAUGGGCUGUGCUUAUGGUGAUGGCUGCUGGACAGCUAAAGAAACUAUUUUAGCAGCUCAUGCUCGUGGUGUUGCAAGUUGUGAAUCUAAAUCUAUCAAAGGUGCUAUGGCUGCUGUUGGACUGAAUUUCAGAGAUGUUGAAAAAACCUUGCCUGCAAGCAUUGACAUUGCUUGUCAUAAUGGAGUUGAUUCUACAACAAUUUCAGGACCUGUCGAAGCUGUUCGUGAAUAUGUCCAGCAAUUGAAAGAAAAGAAUAUUUUUGCAAGAGAAGUUGAAAGCUCAGGAUUUGCAUUACACAGCAGAUACAUCACCAAAAUGGGAGAAAAUCUUCUUCAUCGUCUGAAAGAAGUCAUUAAAAAUCCGAAGAAACGUUCAGAAAAAUGGCUUAGUUCCAGCUAUCCUGAAAAUGAUUGGAAUAUUGUCAACUCUGAAAGUCAAUUAUGUUCUGCAGAAUAUCACACUAAGAAUUUGUUAAAUCCUGUGCUGUUUGAAGAAGUAACUGAAAUGCUACCAAAGAAUGCUUUAACAAUUGAAAUUGCUCCUCAUGGACUUUUAAAAUCAAUUCUUAAACGUUCAUUAAAAGAAGGAAUUCACUUAAAUUUGACUCAACGUGAUAGUAAGAAUGGAUCUCAUUUACUUAUGGAUACUCUUGGAAAAAUAUUCGAGAAUGGUGUAGAUAUGGAUAUUCAAAAAUUAUAUCCCGCAAUACAAUAUCCCGUAUCUCGUGGAACACCAAUGAUAUCACCAGCACUCAAAUGGAACCACUCAGAAAAUUAUUUUGUCGGAAAUUUUGACACGUAUAACAUCUACGAAAAGAGAAAUGUUGUCAUCAACUUGAGUGACAAGGCAUAUGAGUUUGUACAAGGUCAUAUUAUUGAUGGAAAAGUGCUGUUCCCUGGAACUGGAUGGUUAUAUUUAGUUUGGGAAAGCUUUGCUAAGAUGAUGGGAGUUAAGCACACAAAACUUAAGGUUAUAUUUGAAAAUAUUAAGUUCUUGCGUGCUACAUCUUUAGCUAAGAAUCAGGAUGUUCUUGUCACGAUCUCAAUUCACAGAGGUUCUGGAAGGUUUGAAAUUAUUGAAGGCAAAUCAACAAUCGCUCAUGGAUACAUAAAAGCUGGAGAAAACAUAGAAAUGACCAAUAUUGAAGUGGAAGAAAAAGAAGAUGCUGUUAGAUUGGCAGAACCAGAUUUUUACAAGGAAAUGCGUCUUAGAGGAUAUUAUCAUCAAGGUCUUUUCAGAGCAAUUAAAGAAAUUCGUGACGAUGGAUUGGAAGGAAAAAUCAAGUGGAACAACGAAUGGGUGACAUUUAUGGAUUGUCUUAUUCAAUUCCAAGUUGUUAUGAAAGACACAAGAAUGUUGAUUUUACCCACAAGUGUUAGAAAAAUGGUCGUUGACCCAGCACUUCAUUUGCAAAUUAUUGAAAACUCAACCGAAGAAGAUAUCCUCUUUGAUGCAAAAUGUUGUCCAUAUAUGAAUGUCAUUCAAGCUGGUGGUAUUGAAAUUCAUGGUUUUGAAGGAAGUUUAGUAAACAGAAGACGUCCACCAUCAGAUCCAGUUCUUGAGUCAUACAAAUUCAUUCCAUAUAAAAAUAGAUCAAAAGUAUCAAAACGUGAUGCUGCAAAGAUUUGCGUUCAGAUUGCUUUGGAAAAUGCUCCAAUGAAAAAGCUGUCGUCUGUAGAAAUCGGUGACGAUAGCUCACCGUUGAGUGAGUAUAUCUUCAAGGGUCUUGGUGAUUUACCUUUAAUUACACCUGAAGUAAAUUAUUUGACAUCUCAAGAAGUUGAAUUGGAAAAUGUUGCAGUACAAAAUCAAGACUUAACCUCAUUCAGUAAUGUCAAUUUAGUGAUCAAAUCUAACUGUACAAAUGAUGCAGCAUUCAUUGAAUUAGUUAAGCCCACGUUGCAUGAAAAUGGUUUGAUCAUAUCAAAAGAUUCCACAAAAAUUACAUCAGGUGUAAAUGAGAAAUUACAAGUGAUUGCGGAAAUGGAAUUAGACGAUGGAUAUCUUCAUGUGAUGCAAUUCAAAAAAUCUCAAGUUCAAGUGCCAGAUUCAAUAAUUCAUGUUACAUCUAAUGUUGAUGAUUGGCUCGAACCGUUGAAAGCAGCAAUUGCAAAAGGUUCCGUUUUGGUUUGUGCUCAAGGUGAUGAUACAUCUGGAAUAAUUGGACUCAUCAACUGUAUUCGUAAAGAGCCAAACGGUGAAAAAAUCCGUUGUGUGUUUAUUGAUGACAAAUUUGCACCAAAGUUCAAUUUCGAAGAUUCAUUCUAUCAAGCACAACUGGAAUUGGGAUUAGUAAUGAAUGUGUUUAAGAACAAGCAAUGGGGAAGUUACAGACAUCUUGAAUUAGUUGAAAAUGAAGAAGCCAAGCCUCGAUCAGAACAUUGUUAUGCAAAUUGCAUCGUUAAGGGAGACUUAUCAACUCUUUCAUGGCUUUACGGUCCAUUGAAUGUUAGAAACGAUAAAGAAGCUAUAAAAAUUUCUUAUGCAUCUCUCAACUUCCGAGAUGUUAUGCUUGCAACUGGAAAAAUUACUUCUGAUGAUGUGUUGGACAGAAUUCAGCAGCAAUGUGUUUUUGGAUUUGAAUUCUCAGGAACAACAAAAGACGGUCGAAAAAUUAUGGGAAUGGGACCAACAGGUGCUAUGGCUACUCAUUAUGAUGCUAACAAAACAAUUUUAUGGGAUGUUCCAAAUAAUUGGAGCUUGGAUGAGGCAGCUUCGGUUCCAUUGGUCUACUAUACAGUUUAUCUUGCAUUCUUCAGAACAAUACAAAUUGAAAAAGGCAAGUCAAUUCUGAUCCAUGCUGGUAGUGGAGGUGUUGGUCUUGCAGCCAUUCAAGUAGCAAUAUCUUAUGGUUUAGAAGUUUACACAACUGUUGGGUCAGAAGAAAAGAGAGAAUACCUGCGAAAUAGAUUCCCCUCACUUAAAUCGCAAAACAUUGGAAACUCCAGAGACACAUCAUUUGAACAACUGAUUUGUGUUCGUACAAAAGGAAAAGGUGUUGAUUAUGUGCUCAAUUCAUUGUCAGCUGAUAAACUUCAAGCAUCAAUCAGAUGUCUUGGAAUGAAUGGAACAUUCCUUGAAAUAGGAAAGUUUGAUAUAAUGAACAAAACUAAAAUUGAUAUGGGACAUUUCGCAAAAAGAGUCAACUUUAAGGCAGUUUUCUUUGAUGAUUUGCCAGUUGAAUCUGAGGAAUUGAAGAUAAUUCAUGACCUCGUAGAAGCAGACAUUAAAGCUGGAAUUGUUAAACCACUGAAAGUAAAUGUAUUUGAAGCAUCAGACAUAGAACAAGCAUUUAGAUUCAUGGGAUCUGGCAAGCAUAUAGGAAAAGUAUUGUUGAAAAUGCGUGAUCAGCCCAAUGAUGUUCAUUCACUUCCUAUUAAAAUGCUUCCAAGAGUGUAUUGCAAUCCAAAUGAUACCUUUAUAUUGGUUGGUGGAUUAGGAGGAUUUGGACUUGAGCUCGCAGAUUGGUUGAUUUUAAGAGGAUGUCGAAAACUAAUUAUGAGCUCUGGUCGAGGUGUGACAAAUGCAUAUCAAGCUUCCAGAAUAAAAGUUUGGAAAUCAUAUGGCGUUGAUGUCCGAGUUACGACGGUUGAUGUUACCACAAAGAAAGGUUGUGAGGAACUUCUUAUAGAUGCUGUGAAAAUUGGACCAGUUGGUGGAAUUUUCAAUCUUGCUGUAGCUUUGAGAGAUGGAAUCUUCGAUAAUCAAACAUCUCAAAUGUUCAUUGAAUCUUUGGCACCAAAAGCUGAUGCAACAAAAUAUCUUGAUGAGCUAUCGAGAAAGUUAUGUCCUUCACUUAAGCAUUUUGUAAUAUUUUCGAGUGUAUCAUGUGGUCGUGGAAAUGCUGGCCAAAGUAAUUAUGGUAUGGGAAAUUCAAUCAUGGAGCGAAUAUGUGAGAAACGACAAAUGGCUGGAUUACCAGCUAAAGCCAUUCAAUGGGGUGCAAUUGGAGAUGUUGGACUUUUGGCAAAUUUACAGGAAAACAAUAUGGACAUGGAAAUCAGUGGAACAUUACCACAAAGGCUAAAUUCAUGUCUAGAAGUUUUAGAUAAUCUUCUGACCAAUAAUGAUGCAAUAGUUGCUAGUAUGGUUGUAGCCGAGAAACGUUUUGAUGAUGUCAAAAAAGGAAAUAUUAUUGAAGCAAUUAUGAACAUUAUGGCAAUUAGAGAUAGAAAGCAAAUCUCAAUGGAGGCGAGCUUAUCAAAACUUGGAAUGGAUUCUCUCAUGGGAGUUGAAAUCCAACAAAUUUUAGAAAGAGAUUACGACAUUGCACUUUCAUCCCAAGAACUGAGAUCACUUACUUUAGGUCAACUUGAGAAACUUGUUAAUGCAAAGAAUUCAGGCGAGUCAGGUGAUGGAAAAGCUGUGAAUGGACAUUUACCAAUUGGAAUUGAGAUGUUGUUGACAAACUUUGGAGAUGAGAAGACAAGCCAUGAGACAAUAUUAAAAAUGAAUGAGGCUCCAUCUAGUGAUACAAAAGCAUUGAUAUUCACUGGAUUAGAAGGAAUGACAAAUGAUGCAUUGACGAAUUUAGCAAGUAAUAUUAAAUACCCAACAUAUGCUCUCCAGCUUGGAAAUUGUGUAGAAAGACAGACGUUAGACGAGAUAUUUGAAAGUGUAGCAAAUGAUGUCCUCAAUCUAUUUAGUGGGAACGAGAAAUUUGUGCUAAUUGGAUACUCCUUCGGAUCAUUAUUAGCAAUCAAAUUUGCAAGCUUUUUAGAAUCAAGAGGAAAAUCAGGAAAUAUUGUCAUAGUUGAUGGAUCACCUAAAUUUCUCACAGAAAUUGCCAAUCAAUUACUACCAGCAGACUUUAAUGACGAGCACAUACAAGGAAUUAUUUUACUUAGUUGUAUUAAGCUCUUAUUCCGUGAAUCAUCUCAGGAAAUAGCAAAGAAGGUCUUCACAAAACCAACAAUUCAGGAGAGAUUAGAAGAAUUUUUAGAGAAUGCAGCUACACGGAGUGUAUAUAGUAUAGAUUAUGGACGUAAAAUGAUUACAGGAUUAAUGAAUAGAAUAAAGAUUUCCUUGAAUGCCGAACAAAUAUCAUUCCCAGUGCUUAAGAGCUCACCAAUGAAAUUUGUGAAAGCCUCAGAAUCAGCUGUAACAGGACUUGGCGAAGAUUAUGGAUUGAAUAAAUAUGUAGAAGGUGAUAUUCAGACGAGUGUAAUAAUUGGUGAUCAUUUGUCAAUUUUAAGUAGCUCUGAAUUGAUUGACAUCAUAAACUCGAAUCUAUAAUUAUGUAUUUAGAAUACU